AUGAAGGAUAGAAGUGCGCAGCAUCAGUACCGCGCAGGCCUCGUUCUUCCAGCAUCAACGGGUACAAUCUCAAUAUCAGUACCGAAAAUUUCGCAUAGUGCAAGGUGGAAGUUGAGAAAUCGCGACGUGCUGCAACACUAUUGCGCGUAACGCUGCACUUACCCGUUCUUUAUUUCCCCUCGUUUUCUUCCGCCGUUGUAUUUCUUUCUUUACUGUAUAUAUCAGUGGAUACAUAUGUAUGUAUCACGUUGCACAAAAGACUACGUUUGUCGCAGCUUUGGACGGGAUAAAUUUUAGCACGAUCUUCUGUUUGCUUUUCUAAUUCAACAGAAGCAUCGGGACGUCGAUAGUCUUCUCCGAUGGCAGAUCACGAUAACAUUUACGACGACGAGGUAAUUAAUUGAUUCACUUGCAUUUUCUGUGAGAUUUUCGGUUUCCUUUUCAUCCACCUUGUUGGAAAUUCUGAAUCUGCUUGAUGUUGGUAAACUUUGUUAGAAUGUAUACUAUACAUAAGGUAUAAUUGAAUAUAUACUAUAUGACGUUUGUCCACACGUUGAAUGGUAUCUUGAAAAGUUGAUCAUUUUUUUUUUUUUAAAUGAUAAUAUAGUACGAAACUUUUUGUAAUGCACGAUAUUUCUUCUUUGUAUUAACAAAUUUUGUCUUUAAUAUUUAGACAAGGGAUUUAGAGAAAAGAAUACUUCCUGUGCUUCUCGCAAAGUGACACGUUUUAUUAACUAUGUUGAAAAUUAGAGCAGGAAUUUAUUGAUCGUAAUUUUUAAAUUUUACGUUUUCGUUUUAUUAUAAACAUAUUUCUGUUGCUGUGCUAUUUAAUUAUACUGUAUACAUCUAAAUUUUUAUUUGACGAAAUAACUUUUUGUCGAUGGUUAUGCCUAAAAAAAAUAUUUAUUUAUAACGAGAGGAAUUGUCACAUUAAACAUUUUCGAUAUGUGCGACUAAUUACUAUUUUCUUUAAAAGUUAUUAUUUUAAUAAGAUUAUUAACAUAUUAAUUAAUUAACAUAUUAUUUCUUUAAAUAAAAAUCAUAAUUUAACAAUUAUCCUUAAAUUACAAGAUCAAUAAUAUCUUCUCCAUAAAUGUAUGUAAAACGUUAACAUUGACCUACAUAUAAUUCUAAAAUUAAAAUUACAGUAAUCAAUCACUUUCUUCUAUAGUUACAAUAUUAUACUAUUGCUACUAUAAAACUACUUAGUAUUUGUUUUAGAUUUUACACAAUAAUGUAAUACAGUUCUAGAUAUAAUUUUACAUAUAAAUAAUAUUGUAAUAAAUUCCUUGUAUCACAUUUUUCUUAAAUAUUAGAGAAAUAUUUAUUUAAUACUUAUUUUGCUUGCUUCGCUUUUAUUUCUUGUAAUUUUGUAAUUUUGUAAAUGUGAUAUUUUUAUUUUUAACAUUUUUGAAUAUUUUUUAUUAUCUUAUAUUUUAAAUGAAUUAGUUAACAAAUUUUAUUAUACGUAUAGUAUGAUUAUCUGGCAUUGGCGUUAGUGAGUACCUUUGUGAUAGGAGCUUGUAUCAGCGAAUCCGAAUCAAAGGAAUUGGCGUGGCAUUUUAAUAGCUCUUCUUGUGAUCGUUGCGGUCUUAACACUAAUUGUGACAUCCGUUGCCUUAUUAACACCGCCAGAUGAGGGUCCCAGAGUACGAGGUGCUAGAAUAACACUUUCCGAGGUACUUUCUGGAGAAUUAACACCCCUUUUCUUCAAUGGAUCAUGGGUAAGCGGACAGCAUAUUUGCUACCGGGAUGUAUGGGGUGGAAUUUCCCUAUUGUACGUCUCUUCAAAAAACAUCACUUCUCGCAGUUUAAUGUCCAAUGAAACUUUUAGGACACUGAAUCCCGCCAAGUUCUCAUUGUCACCGGAUCGUAAUUAUUUGCUCCUUGCGCACAAUGUGAAGAAACUCUUCCGAUACUCGUAUUUAGCACAAUAUACAGUUUACGAUGUAAAUACACGAGAAAUUAUACCAUUGACUCCACAUCCUGAAAAAGAAGUUCAUCCUUAUCUUUUAUUGGCAAAAUGGACUCCACGUGAUCAUGGUUUAGUUAUGGUUCACAAUUAUGAUAUUUAUUAUAUAACAAGUCCGAAAAGUAAUACAGGAUAUCGUGUUACUGAUACGGCAAUUCCUGGUAUUCUAUCAAAUGGACUACCAGAUUGGCUUUAUGAAGAAGAGAUUUUACAUCGUGCAGAAGCAAUCUGGAUGUCAUCGGAUGGCCAUAUGAUGUUAUAUGUUUCUUUUAAUGAUUCACUUGUUGAGGAAAUGCAUAUAUCUUGGUUUGGAGAAGGAAAUAAAGUUUUGUAUCCUGAUAUACGAUCUUUGCGUUAUCCUAAGCCAGGAACACCAAAUCCAGUAGUACGACUCUAUAUAGCAGACUUGGCAAAUCCAAAGAACAUUCAUACGAAGGUAGUGAAACCGCCACCUAUCAUCGAGCAUGUAGAACAUUACUUUACUACGGCUUCUUGGGUCUCUUCAACGGAAGUCUGCAUAACAUGGUUGACCCGUGCACAAAAUCUUUCUGUUGUGACUAUGUGCAAGAGUCCAUUGUGGCAUUGUCAGGAAAUUCAAAGGAUAAUAGCUGAAGAUCAUGGCUGGGUAGAUACUCCUCCAGAGGCACCUAUCUUUUCAGCAAAUGGUAGUAGUUACAUUGCUAUAAGCCCAAUUAAAGAUGGUCAAGCUGGUAUUCCACCUAUGCGACCAGGACAGAGACACCUUUAUUAUGUGAGUUCAUUGUUACCACAUGUGGGUUCAUCUCUACAUCCUGCUGUUUGUGUUACUUGUACAGAAACAUCAGAAGGAAAUCGAAAUAAACAUAGAACAGUUUCAUCUAGUCAUCAUAGUGCUUGGUCUGACAAUAAUUACAUACAUGACCACUAUGAAACACAAACAGAAAGUAUACAAGAUAAAGAUACUGGACAUCUAAAGGAAAAUGUUACAAAGAAACAGAAAUCGAAAACAUACGUUGCACCAAAAUUUACUGAUCAACCUUGUCAAUAUCACAAUGUUAUUUUCCCACCAAUUGGAACUGAUUACUUUGUCUUGGAAUGUUAUGGGCCUGGUAUACCUACUGUUACUUUAUAUAAAACUAAUUUUCCCAUGCCAUAUCUUAUCUAUGUCUUACAGAAUAAUACAUUAUUGCGUGAACGAGUUAACAAACUUGCACUUCCACAAGUUAAAAUAUUUCCUGUUCAAAUAAGUGGUGGAUAUAAUGCACAAGUAAAAUUGCAUUUACCACCUGGACUAAGAGAAGAUGAGAUCACCAGAUAUCCCUUGAUUGUACAAGUAUAUGGUGCACCAGGUUCACAGUUAGUAACAGAAAUGUUCAAAAUUGAUUGGAAUACUUACUUAGCUAGUAAAAAAAAUAUGAUUGUUGCCCAAAUUGAUGGAAGAGGUAGUGGCGGUCAAGGCUAUAAGUUCCUUCAUGAAGUGUACUAUAGACUUGGUUCCGUUGAAGUUGCUGAUCAACUUGAAGUGACUGAAUAUUUACGAGAUUCAUUGCAUUUCGUGGAUAAACAACGAGUUGCUGUUUGGGGUUGGAGUUACGGAGGUUUCGUAGCUGCUCUUGCGCUGGCGCAACCUAAGCAAAAUGUCUUUGAAUGUGGCAUAAGCGUGGCACCUAUUGCUUCAUGGAAACUUCAUGAUUCAGCAUAUGCUGAAAGAUACAUGGGUUUACCAGAUGUUGUAUCAAAUUAUAAGGGAUAUGCUGAGUCAGAUAUAUUCGAGAAAGUGGAACAUUUAGAAAAUAAAAUGUUUUAUUUAGUGCAUGGCACUGCAGAUGAUAACGUCCAAUUUCAACAAUCCAUGGCACUUACGCAUCACCUUACAAAAAAAGGCAUACUUUUUCGACAACAGGUGUAUCCAGAUGUGGGUCAUGCGUUAGUAGGGGUAAAACGUCACCUUUAUUUAUCGAUGGCUCAAUUUUUAGAUGAUUGUUUCCAAAAACAAACAUCUACUGAUACAAAAGCUGGUCUCAUUAGUGGUGGAUCUUGUCUGUAGUUGUAAAUAAUGUGAUCUAAAAAUGAUCUACUUGUGAAGGAAACUCAUACACCAAAAUUACACCUAAAUAUCUCCAAAUUGUGUUUCGUUUAUUGAUACCUUCAGGAGAAAAAUAUUUUGGCGUUAUUUUGUAUAUUGACUGAAUAUUAUAAAAAAAAAGUGGUAUAAAUACAUAAAAUUAUGUUUGUUAUAUUUUGAAUUAGAAAUCAAAUCUAAAUGAAUGAAAGUGACAAAUUUUU